AUGGAUAUAGCAUUAGAUUUCACAGAUGAAUAUAUUUUUGAUGAUUUAUACGCGCGUUUUUUUCCAUUAGUUCAAGCCAAUUCCCUCUCUGGCACGAAUGGAACACAAAUCCUACAUGUAUCCUAUCUUUCCCGCGAUAAUAUUUAUAGACAAUUUAUUUCAUUAUUUAUUAUUACAAUGUUUUUUGCAUACUUUUUUUAUUUUUUCUUUUCAACUUUAUCAUAUAUUUUCGUAUUUGAUAAAGAAUUAAUGAAACAUCCAAAAUUUUUGAAAAAUCAAAUAGCGAAAGAAAUAAAAUUAUCUGCAUUUGGGUUUCCUAUUACUAGUAUUGUUACUGUCCCAUGGUUUCUCGGUGAAGUUAGAGGUUAUUCUGCUUUAUAUGAUGAUAUUAAUCAAUAUGGAUUGUUAUAUGCAGUAUUCUCUAUAUUUGGGUUUUUGUUCUUUACUGAUAUGUGUAUUUAUUGGAUUCAUCGAUGGCUGCAUCAUCCACUCAUUUAUAAACACCUGCAUAAGGCUCAUCAUCGUUGGAUCAUUCCAACACCUUUCUCAUCUCAUGCAUUUCAUCCAUUAGAUGGAUACCUUCAAUCUGUUCCAUAUCAUAUUUUCGUCUAUUUGUUUCCUUUACAUAAAUUUCUUUAUAUAAGUUUGUUCAUUUUUGUAAAUCUUUGGACGAUUAUGAUUCAUGAUGGCGAAUUUCUUUCAACAGGAACAUUUGUUAAUGGUGCGGCUCAUCACGUUCUUCAUCAUUUAUAUUUUAACUAUAACUACGGUCAAUAUUUUACUAUUUGGGAUAAGAUUGGUGGAAGCUAUAGAAAACCUGGUGUUGAACAAUUUGAUAUUAAGAAAAAGAAAGAUCAAAAUAUUUGGGAAAAGCAAGCUACAGAAGUUGACUCAUUUGAUGAAAAUGGAAAAGAAAAGAAAGCUUAA